AAAUUUAAAAAUCUUUCCCGGCACGUCAUUUUUAUUUUUAUUUACGAAAUGCGAUGUAUUGAGGUUUUGUUUUGUUGAUUUCGACUAAUUUGUUUCUUGAUUAGUGAUAUAUUUCAUUAGCUAAAUGAUUUCUUUACAUAACUUUUUAAUUGACUAUUUGUAUUCUUGUGUCCUGUGAUGCCAAACAGAUUUCAGAUUCAAACACAAUGUGUCAUAUUCGAAGCUCUUUUCACGGUAAAAUAGAUGAAAUACCUGGUGUUUACGCUGAUAAUUUUGAAAAUGCUGAUUACACUUUGGCCAGAGCCUAUUUUCUGAGCCACUACCAUUCUGACCAUGUUCAGGGACUACAAUCUGAUGCAUUACUGGAAACAUUAAGAAAGACACAAGCUACAAUUUAUACUAGUGAAUUAACAGCAGCCAUCAUUGAUUACGAGAAGAGUGAUUCAAGACUGAUGAAAUAUGUUAGGGGCCUUAAAACUGGGUCGUCACUCAUAACAUUGCCAGCGACAGAAAAGUACCCACAAAGUUCCAUAACAGUAACUCUGAUACCCGCAGGCCAUUGUGCGGGAUCCACUAUGUUUCUCUUCACGAAUAAAACACAAAAGAUACUAUUUACCGGAGACUUCAGGAUCAACUGCAACGAUCUACCCAACUACACUUCAUUGCAAGAAAAUGGGGCACCCAUAAAACUGGAUACUUUAUACGUAGAUACGACGUUUAUCAAUUUAGGUUAUGAAAAUUUUCCGAAACGGAGCGAAAGCGUUGAUAAAUUAAUUUUUAAUGUUAAAAAGUGGUUGAACUGUGAUAUCAAUAAUGCUGUAGCUAUUUACACUCCAGCAAAAUAUGGAUAUGAAUUUGUUUUCAAUGAAAUAUACGAACAAAUGGGAGUUAAAGUGUAUGUCGGUGCGUACAAAUGGAAGUUGUAUAGUACUAUACAAAACUUAGUACCAGGUGUGACGAACAACGAAAAUGAAACAAAAAUACACUUAUGCAGAUACAAAAGCGAAAAUAAUCCCCACAAAGAGUGUAUAGGGGACAAUAACCGAAAGUUUUUAUACGUCUACCUCUCAGCUAUGAAAUGGCGGAACAUUUUAAAUGACUUUUCGUCAGUCGAGCUUGUGACUCCGACGAGGCUGGACGUGUGCUUCGCUACACAUUGCAGUAGAAAGGAAAUAUAUUAUUUCGUAAAUUAUUUAUCGCCUGAUAAAAUUAUCGGAUUCCCGAAUAAGUUUGUUGAAUUAGGUAAUAAGCGGACUAGCGAAUUGGAGUUUGAUAGGGGAAUUAAAAAAACGAGGGUAGAUAAAAAAGUUGAUGAUAAACUGCUGAGGUUGAUGUUUGGUUAAUGAUUUUUAACCGAAUUCAAAACAGGAUUACUUAAAGUGCCUGGACCGAUUUGAAAAUUUUUUUGUUUGUUUGAAAAGGUAUACUUUGCAGGUGGUUCCAUAUAGAUUUGGUGAAGAUCAGAU